ACUGAGCGUGCUAUUCACCUCCACUCACCACCACCGCGGUUCCAGAGAAAAAGUAGAAAAAUGAGAAAAAAACAUACACAAACACAAAGCCAAAGCUGGGCCUGUAAAAAAAAAAACCUCCCUUCGCAGUCUCACUUUCCUCAUUUUUCUCUUUAACAUGCACCAGCUCCUUUUCACCAUGCCCUCUCCCUCUUCCUCCUCAAAACCCCACAAAUUUUCUUCUUCUUCCUCAUCAAACCCUAACCCUAAUUCAAUUUCCUCCUCUUCUUCCAUUCCCUGCAAACACUCUCCAUCUGCCACCCUUGACAUUCUAAUUCUGAUUCUGGUUCUCUUCUCUGGCAUUUUCCUCCUAACUUCUUACUUCUCUUAUAUCUUUCGCUCUCUUUCCAUCCUCCUAUCUCACUCUUCCUUUCAACUUUCCAUCCAUGUCCCUCCCGUUCCCUACAUUUGCGGCUUCUUGGCGCUGUUCCUUCUUUCUAUUAUUCUUGUUGAUUUCUGCUGCGGGCCGAGAUCUCGCAAGUGCGACAAGCCUGGAUGCAAGGGGUUGAAGAAGGCGAUGGAGUUCGAUUUGCAGUUGCAAACGGAGGAUUGUGUGAAAUCCAGUGCGGCUAAGGAGUUCGAUAAGUUGCCUUGGAAAGGAGGGACUGAAGGUAAUCCUGAUUAUGAAUGUCUUCGAGCUGAAUUGCGGAAGAUGGCUCCGCCUAAUGGGAGGGCUGUUUUGCUUUUCCGAGCGAGGUGUGGAUGUCCCAUCGCUAAAUUGGAGGGCUGGGGUCCAAAGAAGGGUCGACGCCAUAAAAAGGCUUUGGCUAAUGUGGCUGUUAAUGGAGGAGAUCAUCGCUGAUUGUUUCUGAUGGUUUCAUUGUCAAGGACCCUCUUUACCAUCUUGUUCAGCUUCCAGAUUUUGACUUCUCAUUUUUUAAGAUAUUACACCCAUCAUCAGAACAAUUUUUCUAAUCCCAUGAUCUGGCAGUGGGGUUCCUUCAAUCCAUAUGUAUCUGCAUUUCCUUGGGAGAUGAUUCUUGUUUUCUUAAAAGAUGGACCAAACUCAAUAGCGACUCUCAUUUCUGGAAGGAUAUACAAGUUCAAUGGGAAUAAAAUACAUAUUACAUGAGCCAGUUGCUCACUUUGGUAUUC